CAACAUGGCUGCUGGGCGCUCUCGGUCCCGCCGUCCCGGGCCUUCUCGCGCCUAGGAGCCACUUAGGGGCUGGCGUGUGGUUCUCCGCGAGGUUGCCCGGGAAAGCCGGCCGGGCGGCGGGGGCGGGGCUCGCGGCACGGGCGCCCCGGUGCCUCCCGGCCGGGCCCGACAAGCGGGGGCCGGGCGGGCGCGGACCGGAAGUUGCGCUGGCGGCGGAGCCGUUACCGCAGCGUGCCGGAAGUGGCCGUGGGCCGGCGUCCGGGCCGCGCCCGCAGUGAGCAGCGUCUCUGCGGCCGGCGACGCCAUGGAGCCCGGGGCGGCCGAGCUGUACGACCAGGCCCUGCUGGGCAUCCUGCAGCACGUGGGCAACGUCCAGGACUUCCUGCGCGUGCUCUUCGGCUUCCUCUACCGCAAGACCGACUUCUACCGCCUGCUGCGCCACCCGUCCGACCGCAUGGGCUUCCCGCCCGGGGCGGCGCAGGCCCUGGUGCUGCAGGUAUUCACAGCCUUUGACCACAUGGCCCGUCAGGACGACGAGAAGAGGAGGAAGGAGCUGGAGGAGAAGGCCAGGAGGAAGGAGGCAGAGGAGGCCGUGGCGGCCGCCGCCGAGCAAGAGCCAGUCCCAGCCCCGGGACAGGAGGUGGAGGUUGGCCCCGGCGCAGACUCGGGCGGGCCUCAGGGACCACCGGGCCCACGGGGUCCUGGGCCGGAGGUGGCCCCCAGCUCGGGGGAGGCAGAGCCCCUGGGAGCUCAGGCGGGUGCCGCCGAACUUCCAAAGGAACCCCCAGGUCUUCCCAAGAGGCAGGAGCAGUUCCAGAGAAACCCCGACAGCUACAACGGUGCCGUGCGUGAGAACUACACCUGGUCGCAGGACUACACCGACCUGGAGCUCAAGGUGCCGGUACCCAAGCACGUGGUGAAGGGCAGGCAGGUCUCGGUGGCCCUGAGCAGCAGCUCCAUCCGGGUGGCUGUGCUGGAGGAGGGUGGGGAGCACGUCCUCAUGGAAGGGAAGUUCACCCACAAGGUCAACACGGAGAGCUCUCUCUGGAGCCUGGAGCCGGGCAAGUGCGUCCUGGUGAGCCUGAACAAGGUGGGCGAGUACUGGUGGAGCGCCGUCCUGGAGGGCGAGGAGCACAUUGACAUCGACAAGAUCAACAAGGAGCGCUCCAUGGCCACAGUGGACGAGGAGGAGCAUGCCGUGCUGGACAGGCUCACCUUUGACUACCACCAGAAGCUGCAGGGCAAGCCGCAGAGCCACGAGCUGAAAGUCCAUGAGAUGCUGAAGAAGGGGUGGGAUGCUGAAGGCUCUCCCUUCCGAGGCCAGCGAUUCGACCCGGCCAUGUUCAACAUCUCCCCGGGGGCUGUGCAGUUUUAAUGCCCGGAGGAAAGGAAGUGCCCGCCGGCCGGGAGGCGGGGUGGCGGCUGUGCCCCCGGCUCCCUCCUGCCAGGGACUCGUUGGCGGGUUUACCCUUGCCAUCCUUUCCUUCAAGGGUGAACCCACGGCACCCGGCCCUGCAUCUCCAGAGUGCGGGGAGCAGUGUGGGGCGAGCGGGAAGCCGGCCACCCGCUCUCCUCUUGCUGCCGUACACACGCUCUGCUUGCUUUCCUCGUGCUGGGGGCGGGGAGUGGGUGCUGG